ACUCUCACUCUCACUCACAACUCACCUGCCGCCUCAACCAUCCCCCAUUUCCAGCUCGCCGCUUCCUCAACCGCCGGCCGCCGCCGCCUGUCCUGCACGCCCGCCGCACGCCGCCCUCUCCAGUUCUCUCGCACGCCUCGCCCCUCUGAAGUUCUCCCGCUCGUCGCCCCUCUCGCCUCACGCCCCGCCUGCCGCCUCACUCCCAUCUCCGGCCGUCUCCCUCUCCAGUUCGCCCUUCGCCGCCGCCUCACUCACCCGACCACCCACUCCAGUUCUCGCCUCCUCCGUCAUCUCGCUGACCAGCUCGCUGCACCGGUCGCCGCCGGACUCCUCUGCCGCCGCCGUUCAGCCAUGUCUACCACAGGAUGCUCUCAAUCCAAGAGCCUCUGAUUAUGCUGAAUCCAACCAAAUACCAGACAACUUUCAAUAAAUUACAUUUAUACGAAAAGAUUCGAGCUUUAGCCCCGUCUUAUUCAAUUUGUGGAUGGAGUAAUUUUACCUCAAUUUCAAAUCAGUAUCAUGAUUCAGAAACUCCACAAGGUUUGGAGCAGAAUGUUGCAGAUAGAAAUGUUGCAAUUUUCUGGGAUUUGGAUAACAAGCCACCGAAAUCAUUUCCUCCGUAUGAUGCAGCACUUAGGAUAAAGAAGGCUGCUCAACAAUUUGGUUUUGUCAAGCACAUGAUUGCUUAUGCUAAUCGGCAUGCGUUCAGCUAUGUUCCUCCUGCAAUUAGGGAGCAAAGGAAAGAGAGGAAAUCACUGAAUGAGUUGGAAAACAAGGGCAUUGUGAAGCCCGAUGAACCAUAUGUAUGCAAAGUCUGUGGGAGGAGAUUUUACAACAAUGAGAGGUUCCUUAAUCAUUUUAGGCAAAUUCAUGAGCGCGAGCAGAUGAAACGGUUGAACCAGAUUGAGUCUGCAAGGGGGAAGAGGAGGCUGAAUUUGGUGGCUAGGAAUGCUGUGAAGAUGGAGAAGUAUAGGAAUGCGGCUAGGGAUAUAUUGACCCCGAAGGUUGGGUAUGGUUUGGCGGAUGAGCUGAAACGAGCUGGAUUCUGGGUGAAGACGGUCUCAGACAAGCCGCAGGCUGCUGAUGUUGAGUUGAGGAACCGGAUGGUGGAUAUGAUGGACCGGAGAAUGGUUGAAUGCUUGGUUCUUGUGUCAGAUGAUUCGGAUUUCGUGGAGAUCUUGAAGGAGGCGAGGCUGAGGUGCUUGAAAACGGUGGUUGUUGGUGAUGUCAGUGAUGGUGCUCUCAAGAGGGUUGCAGAUGCUGCUUUCUCGUGGCAGGAGAUGAUGAUUGGGAAGGCGAGAAAGGAGGCGGUAUCAGUCGUUGGGAAGUGGAAAGAUCGGAAUGUUUUGCAGAAACUGGAAUGGACGUAUGAUCCUGAGAGAGACAAGAGAAGGUAUUUCCAAGAGAUUGAAAGUUCAGAUAUUGGUUGCUUAAGUUCUGAUGAAGGUGAAUCCCUUUUAGGGAGGGAAAAUAAUGGCGAGUGGUGGGAAUUAGGGCAAAAUCAAGAUGAAAAAAGACCACCAGAAUGAUUGAUUGAGGUAAACUCGGUCAUGCCGAAGCUCGAAAACCCGCAGCCGCUACCUGAGGUGCGCACUAGGUAGAUCUCGAUCAUGUGCAAUAGCCUGCAAACUACAUAGGAGAGUGUGAGAUCUCAACCAUGAAUUUUGGUUGUGCAUGCAAAAGAGACUCUCUUAACAUGGAGGAUUACUAUUUUGGUUGUAGUUUAAAUUACUUGUUGCUAUUAUAAAUUUGUAAUUUGUUCAUCACACCCUGAUUGACGAAAAUGGUCUAAUUUUUUUUAAGGGAGAAAA